UGGACGCAGAUUCAUCAUUGACCACAACUUUUUCUGUUGUUGAUACUGAAACAGUCAUGCGAAAUAUGCGGCAUCAGGAUGAAUCUCAGUUCUAUACCUUGGUGAAAAUGCAUCUUUCAUUCUUGUUGAAUUUCUCCAUUGAUGAGGUAGAUGCUCCAGCAUUAGCUGAUGAUAAAAACAACGAAAGUGCUAGAAAGCUGCUGCCAUUCAGCACCAAGAGCAAAGGCAAGUCAACAAAAGGCACCAGCUCAGAAAGUGUGGUGCUUUCUCAUGAAGGUGUUUGUCAGGCAUACCAGUUGAUUGAAUUUCUCAGUAGAGAAGAGAACUUGGUACAUGAAGGCCUGUUCCGAAAAACUGGAAACCUUGUGCGACAGCAAGAGUUGAAGCAAUAUCUUUUGUCUGGAUCAUCAGUAGACUUUGAGUCUGGUCUUUACUCAGCUCAUGAUUGUGCCAGUGUUUUGAAGGGGUUUGUGGCAAGUCUCUCAGAACCCCUUCUAACCAAGGCCCUGUACCCAGCUCAUUGUCAGGUGGCAGACAUAUGUCCCAUGGACACACCUCCUGAACAGUUGUGUGCAGCUCACAACAAGCAGAUCAAAGCACUGCAGUUGCUGUUCUUGCUGGUGCCAGCUGAAAACUACCAGCUCCUCAAGGAUUUAUUGCACCUGCUGUUCAAGGUUUCCAGACGUCACAAGGAAAACAAAAUGACUGCCCUGAACCUGGGUACCAUGUUUGCCCCCCACAUCCUCUGCCCGAGGAAGAUGCCCGCCACCGAGCUUCAAACUGCUUCAGGCUCAAUGGCUCAGGCCGUUGCACUGAUGAUCGAGAAUACUCCACUACUCUUCAAGAUUCCCCAGGAGCUGGAAAUUGACAUGCGUGCCUAUCUGGAGCAGCAGGGAGGCACGCCAGGUCUGCAGCGGCGCCGCCGCCACAGCUGCUCCGACGCCGACUCGCCGCAGGCUACCACCGUCUUCAGCUUCGUGGACCGGGAACAGUCGGCGGCAGCGGGCGAGCACGACAACACGGACACGGCGCUGGCCGGCCUAUACGCGCACAUCAGCAGCAUGCCGGACUCGACGCGCCGCCGCAAGCUCAUCAAGCAGUUCAACCGCGAGAGCGGCCCCGGCACGCCGACAGUCGUGCAGCGCACGCGCACGCGCAGCUUCGGCGAGUCCCUGCGCAAGCACCUCUUCUUCGCGGCCGGCCGGCAGCGCAAGCCGCCGACGAAGGGCGCGGCGCUGGGCCCGCGCCGCAGCAGCUCGGAGGAGGCGCUCGCCAGCCCGCCGUCGCCGGAGCGCGCGCGCUUCAAGCAGAGCACCGAGGAGGUGUCCAUGUGGCCAACGCCGUCGCUGGCGGGGCCGUCGCUGAAGCGCUCGCUGCUGACGCCGACGGCGGCGGCGCGCUUCACGCCGCGGCUAGCGCGCAGCCUGCGGCAAGUGCAGCGCGAGGGGGUGGCGCGCGGCGCCGAGGGCAUGUCCACCUUCCGCGCCGGCAGGAACAACUCGAUGCGGCGUGGACAGGUACCGCUGCGUCCAGUGCGCGGGGACGGGCCGGCCGCGCCCACCUCGCCCAUCAGCCAGAAGAUGGGCACCAUGUGCUCCAGCACGCGCGUGCAGAUGCUGACGCCGCGCAACCGGCGCGCCGUCUGUCUGCUGUCGCAGACG